AGUUAAUGUCAGUCGGCUACUACGGGUUCUAGGCGGCGGCGAAAACGAAAAAAAAUGUCGGAUUUCGAUAUUCAAAUCAAAAUCGACGAUGCUCAGCUCGAUUUAAAAGGAGUUUCAUUCUGGGUCACGGCUUCUGUCGUCACACUUUUCCUGGCGUGGAGCACGUUUGUCGUAUUGUUUUUCUCGCGAGUCAGCGCACUCUUUUUCACUUUUGUUAUAGAUAAAUAUUUGCGAUUAUCAAAAAAUGGAAUCCAUUUCAAAAUCGGUGGUAUUUCGAUCUCAGGCUUGCACGCCGGCAAAAUAAUGUUUCGAAACGUAAUUUAUGAUAAUGGAGAUAUGACGAUCAAAGUUAACGAUGGACAUUUAUUAUUCAAAUAUUGGAAAUCUGUGGAACAUCGACAUUUGAAUCUUUCAACAAAACGAGCUUCCCGAUUACAUCUUGUGCUCAACGGAUUACACGUUAAUAUCUACAAUAAUCUGACAAAAUACACGGAAAUCGCGAGAAUUCGGAGAUUUGAUUGGUUUUUCGAGAAUACGAAUAUGAACGAUGCACGGCGGCCUCAGACGAAGCCUCCUGACACAUCACCUCCGUCGUCUGUAUGGGAGAAUAUGUGGAAUCUAUUGGGUAUUGUACAUAUUGAAGUGUCUGCUGGAUGCAUUCUUGUCGGAAAUAAAUUCCUACCCUAUGCUCUAUGGACACGAUUUGAGAAUUUGAAUAGCAAAACGAGUGUAACAGAAUCGGCCAACGAUCGAGCUCUACUCACAUUUGAAGGAGAAACGGAAAAUGUCGCUGUAUCACUUAUCAAAAAUGAGCAAUUCGAUUUCACAGCAAAAGAUAAAGAUCCGCCGAGAACAAUGGGAAAUGAUGGAUGUCCAUUGUUACAGUCAGCGUCGUUGGAAUUUGUAUAUAAACAGGAUUUAUUAGGUUACGUAACAGACGAUGAGCCGCAAAGCAUAACCUUAAAACUUCCACUCUGGUCAUCUGAAUGGCGUUUUGGUAACAAUACAGUACUCUCCUAUGGUCCAUGGGCUGAACAACAACGUUUUCUUAUUUAUUCGUUCUUCUAUCCACCCGAUUUUCAAAAUUCGACAGCGACUGCGAUGCCGACGAGAGGAAAAAAGAGGAUUCAUGUGAAACAUGAUGUGAAGAUUAUUUUAACGAAAGAAACUUGUAUGGAUAUUUGGUUUAUGCGUGGAGAACAAUUGGAGAGUAUUAGAACUCGAUGUGGACCACUUAGUAGUCUUGAUAUGUCAAUAUUAUGGAUAACGACGGAAAAAGGCUUCUAUUGGAAUAUGAAAGCCGAAUUUCUCAACUUUGAAGCAACCACAUCACUCAUUUUCACUAAACUUUUUUCAUGUAAAAAAUUCAAUGUUGAUGGAAGUUUUGUAUAUCCAUUAACAUGGAAUGGUGAACAAACAUGGACAAUUGAUUAUGCUUUUACAAAAGCUAAUGCAUGGUUUGUAUGGGAUCAUAAGCGGUUGUUCACUGAUUUGAUUAAUGAUUGGAUUGGUGAUGAUCCAUCGGAUAUAUCGAAAUUCGUUCCGUUUCGGGUACACAAUCGAAUGAAGGUUGUGGAUGGUUUUGAGGUCAUAAUGCUGCUGAACGAAUCGAAUUGGGUGGACACUGCAGAUAUGAAUGCAGAAAAUGUGGAAGUAGCGAUAGUCGGCGAGAAACUUUCAUUCGAAUGUGAACUACCAUUUGUUGAUUUUCUUCCGCAGACUCAGAUGGUCAAGUAUGAAAUGAGAGGAGAAAAAAGUGUUGCAAUGAGGGCUAAAUUCCCACCGGACUCGGCGACUGCUCCAAUUCGAGCGGCUCUUUCAAGACUUGCUCGUUGCAAUUCCUAUGCACCACCAUCAAAACAUGGAACUCAUUCUCUUGAUACAGAUGUCUGGUUUGAGCUCUGGCGUACAGAACUCGUUAAAAUGGAUUUCGAUCAUCACUAUCGUCCGUUGAUCGUCAAAUCGAAUAUUCCAUCGGAUAUUCCGUUUUCGAUUCUUUCCGAUUAUCUUCCACCACCUGCAAAUCAUCCGUGGGAUCUUGAACCUGACUACCUGGGAGUGGAUAUUCUAAUUGAAGGAAGCGAUGUCAAAUUCACUGGACUUCUCGUGAAAUUGUUAUUCGAACUCAAAAAUAAUUAUUUCGGGUGGUAUGAUUCGAUGACAUCUGUGGACGAUGAAAAGAUAGAUGAUCCAAUAAAACUGAAAGCAUCAUUCGAUAAAACGAAUGCAAACGGAAUGAAACCAGUUGAAUACUUUCGAACAAUGAAUGUUGAUGUAACAGUUCGUGUUUGCAAUGUUCGUGCUGAAAUGCUUCUUUAUUCGCCUGCAAUUGACGAAGGUGCUGAGCCUGAGAAAGUUCCUGUCGUAUUUGUUGAAGAAGUUGCUGUUGAAGUGAAAAAAACAAAGACUCAGGCAUUAAUUCAAGUUGGUGUUAGUCCAGCGUGUGCUUAUCUUGAUAAAUCAAGUCAAGGAUCUGGUCCUGGAUGUAUAACUCUUUCUGGAUUUCAGUUUAGAGGCCACGCGAUGUAUUCGGCAAAAGAAGUCGCAUGGAACAUGGGACUCGUUGAAUAUGGAUGGAUUAUGGAGAUUCUCGUCGGAGAUAUUGCUGGAACUCUUGAUUUUCCGGCUCAUGCUCACGUUCUCCAUCAAAUAAUGGAAUCACUGCUAAUGUUUGUAAUUUCUCCGGAUGACGCUACAAAAGUACCGGAUCGAAUGCAAUUCUGUCAACAUGGACAACUCAUUAAAGCGUGCUCAAUUGCUGGAAAAAAGACAAAUGAAAUAUUGGGACCGUGUAAAACAGAAGAACAAAUGAAAUAUCGACAGAUUCGGAUUUCCGUCGAUUCUGUCAAUUUGACGUUUGUGGAAGAGAAAACUAUUUUACAGAUAAGUGCUGACCCAGUUCGUGUAACAAUUUGUAAUGCUCAUGAGAGUCGCUUCACUGAGCAUGUUUGUAUUCGUGUACCCGGAAUUUCAAUUCGACAAGCUGUUCGGAUCAAGGAAAAGCCCGAAAAUAUAUGGAUCGAAGGAGCAAAUGCGGCAAUUGAGGGUGUUUCGUUGGAUAUUGAGCUACCGACCCCCAAAUCAGCAUCUCCAACGAUAGGAAAAGAACGUUUGGAAUUUGUACGAAUGCAUGAUGCAGAUACAAAACGCCUGCAUUUCCUAUGGGCUGAUCAUUCGGUUUGGGGAUGUGCCUGUUUUGGAAAUACUUGCUUUUUUGGUGAUGUCGAUGAAAUCGGAUCCACUUUUAUGGAAACUCUGACCAAAAAGAAGUUUUUCGUGCCUGGAAUCGAGAGAAAUCCGGAAAAACAGCCACAAGUAAUGCAGAGUGUCAUUUUGAAGAACAAACCGAUUUUGAGCAAUCAACCACACAUGUUCUACAAAAAGCCUAAAAAUGCGGAUGUUGUGAUAACGAUUCGAAAAGAAUCCACAGGAGAUACUGAAUCAUUUCAUUCAGCACGUUCUCAGCAGUCACCCGGACUACGGAUAUUACAAUCUAUGGAAAUGUCAUCAAGUUAUGCGACUUUUGUGGAUAAUGUUCGAGUUGAACUACCAUCAGCUAUCACUGUUCCUCAAUUUGGAGAGCCUGGAGCCAUUUUGGAAUGGUGUCAGGCGCAUCAGGCUACUAGGAUUAUCAAUGAUGUGAAUACAAGUGGCGUAAACGAAGUCCGUUUCCUGUCGAAACCGAAAAAAUCGCAAGACAUUGAAUACAACACAUCUCGUGAUACACUGGGAAAACGACGAUUGGCAAUUAAUGGAGUUGCGGCUACAUCACUCGAUCUAUUUGUUACUCCAAUUGGAAUUGAAGCAUUCGAACGUCUUGUCACGGCUGCGAGUCAUUCGGUUCCAGCUAUCAAUCCGUGUAUUCUAGUGCAUAUGUGUUAUAGGGAUUGUGUACUGAAAAAGCAUCGACAGCCACUGACCGAAAGCCUUUUUGCUGAUGAAGAUAAUGACUCUGAGCCAAUUUCUGAAGUGGACAUAACUGUCGAUCUGCCACGUGUCUCCAUUGGUCUCUUCCAGUGUGGUGUCAAAAAGAAUAUAGUAAAAUCGAAUCAUACCGACCAUAUCACUGCGAACAUGGGUCUUCUGCUCAUCGAUCGUGCAUUUAUUCAAUCAAAACUGAUACCAGCCGAAUCGGUUUCACAGGACUUCUCGGCGGACACGUCGAACCUCUCGAGCACCCUGUAUCAGUUGAAUGGAAGUGCGAUCACUGUUCAACUAUUGCAGCUGACGAAUCGAGAUGCUCCGGAUUUUGGCAGCAGUGGAACGGCGACAACUCCGAAUAACUGGGAGCAUUGUGCGAUUUCUCGACGAAUGAAUAACCUUGAGCCGAGAGUUAUGAUGGAUUUUAAUGUCUCUGAUACAUUGAUUAUUCUCGAGAGACGCCCGAUUAUUUUGCUGCUCCCGGAUAAAUCAACUACAGCGAUUACACCGAUUCACUCGCCGGCGAAUGCUCCGACACCAACUGCAAUGAACCGAACACCUACACUCACCCUGACACCGUCUGCUGGAGCCGGCGGUGGCGAGAGAGCCGAGCCAAUGAGAAAGAAGAAGAAAAUGAUUUGCGAACACUAUUUGAAGGCGGACAUCGGAUCGGUGACCACUGCACUUGUGAUGGCUCGCCCGCAGGAGCUCACCGCUGGUGAUGAGUUUCCGAUCUACGAGGCUUUGGCACCUGUGAUGGUUUCCUGGUUGAGUGUGGUGGAGAAUUUCCUUCGAACAGUUGACAAGUUCAUUCAUACUGUGGAAUGCUGGAAGAGUGUGGCGAUGGCGAAAGUGUUGAAGCUUGCAUUGGACUCUACAGAUGAGAAGGUUGUCGUGAAAGUUGGAAAGAAUCGAAUGGGACGGACUAGAGUGUUGUCUGCACAUCAAGCUUCAUGUCCUUCGUGCAUUCUUCUGAAAACUCUGUUCCGAUGGUUUGCAUACGCUGGAAAUGCUCCAGGAGCCAUCAAUCAUCGAUUGGAUAUUCGACCGGAAUUUGAGAUUGAGGAGACUCGAAAGACUGCUCUAAUGGCAUUACUUAGUCAUUGGCAAUCGGAUGUUGGGAAAGAGUUGAAGCUUGUGUCGUAUGAGGAUGCUCAUCGAUUUAAGGUCACUCGGCCGGAUGAAGCUGCGAUUGUUGCAUUGACGAAGAGCAAGAGAUUGAAGAGGAAAAUGUUGGAGAAGAAAGAGUCGAGUAAGAAGGAAACACGUGUUGUGAUGGAAGUGAAGCCUGAGCAGCCAAAAGCGAAACGAGGAAGAAUGUCACCGGCGCCUCUACUGAAGAAACUUCGCAAAAAAGCUGGAGACGACGAUUUCGACGAUGAUUCGAUGAAGUUCCUGAGCGAUGUGGAGAUGCAAGAAUUCAAUACGCUUCCUCUCUACGAAGACUAUGAAGAUGAUGAGAUGCUUGAAAACUUGGAUUCCGAACCAAAGAUUGAUGAUAAGGUUGAUUUGUACACAUGGAUGCGAAAUGCUCAGCGAGAAUCCACAUUGAGACGACGGAAGCUUGCCGGAGGAGCCGAAGGAUCUGUAAAGGAUGAUCUGAAUCUGAAAGGAUACAUAAAUCCAAUGGAUAUUCAACAAAAAGCCUAUUAUUACAACAUUUAUCGUUGGGCUCAACUACAAUGGACAUCACUGGACGGUAUUGAGAAAGAUCAUUGGCAUUUGGACUAUUCGGUUACACUUCGAGAAGUUGAUGUUCGGAUGAUGGCAAAAAGUAUCAAGAAUUCAUCGGAUCACCUUCGACAGUACAUAACACCGGCUCAACAGAAAGUGAUGCAAGUUAGAAAUGCGGCAGUUAAUGGUGGAAUGGUUUGGAAAAUGGAACGAGAUGAGAGGAGAAAGAUUCCAUUGCAUGGACAAUGGAAUAUUAGUUAUAGUGGUAAUGUUGAGGGAAUUCGAUUUUUAAUUGGAAUGGCAACGGUUUCACUUGGAAAAGAGCUCUCGUUGGUGUUGAGAGUUGCGAUGGAGGCGAAAAAUGAGUUGAGAAUGCAUUCCACUGCCGAAUCGACUCCACGAAACGAGGUGAAAGUGUUCAAGCCAGUAGUACCAAAUCAAUAUGAUUUAGCCGUGGAAUGGGAUGAAAAAGUGUUGGAUAUGACCCGAGACUACGAGAAACACAUGCAAAGAAUGCGUACAAAUAAGGAAGAUGUUGUAGAAAAAGUGAAAGUAAUGGUUAAUGGAAGUGCAAUGGUUUCAUCAAUUGUUCUUGAAUCGGUGCUCAAUGAUUUAUAUGUUUCUGUUACAAUAUCUCAAAUUGUUCUGGCACAUUCGAAAAAUCCGAUGCCAGAUAUUCCGGUUGUUGUACAUGCAGUUACACUUAGUACAACGCCAACAGCAGCAGCAGCAGAGGAUAAGAAAACUGCCACUUUGACCAAAAAAUCGGUGUCUUCUACGUUCAAAAUUGACGAUUUGACGGUCUCUUUGACAAAAAUGAAGCUGACACUAUCGGAAGCGGAUAGCUCGAACAAGAAGUCGGACAUUUUGAGAUGUACCCUUAAUUCUAGCAGUUUUAAUGUUCAUACAAAUCUGAAAACGCUUACAUCCGCCAAAGAAUCCAAUCGUCCCAAAAACAAUCUGAUCAAUUCGAACAUCGCGACAACAGCAACACUACGACUCGGAGCACUUGAAGGAACUAUGCCAAUGGCUGCAUAUUCACUACAUGAUGUUGUAAUGAGACACGGAAAAGAACUCGAACAACAACUGAAUCGUCUUGCUGCUCAACCGGCUUCUACUCCGUUGAGCAGCUCAACUCCGUUCCCAAGCGCCGAGCAAUCGUUGCUCGCGAAGGUUGCUGACAUGAAAACAGCUCCAGAGCCUGUGGUUAUCACUCAAGCCGAGUUUAAGCCACUUACAACACUUCCAGCAACAGCAGCACAUGUGCAAGAUGCAAAAGGACAGAUUGUUCGACGUGUUCCCGUGGCAGUUGUCAGUUUUAGUAUUGAAUUGACAAGUAUUGAAAUGAAUAUUCAAUUGCUGCCAAGUCUUCAGGCAAAGUACCGAAUUAAUCGAGCAACCAGCAAUGGUAUCACUGGAGUUCAAGCCAAUUGGUCCAUCUUGCUCGACGAGCACUUUUUCGAGUUUUGUGUCACUGGACAAGGUGGAAAAACGGAAACAUUCCGGCUUCAACUGCCCUCUGUCACAUCUGAUGGACUGUAUCAAGCGGAGCAAGGAGUCUCUUCACAGAAGCCGAGUACGGAUAAGAAGUUGAUCUAUCGAGAAGGUGGAAGUCUUCAGAUGACUGUUGUGUUGGGAAGGGUUAAUCAUAUUUUUACGACGGAGCUUCUAAACCAGUUGAUGUUUGCCGAGCAUUCGUUUAGAACGGAGCUCACUGCGCUUAUUAAUAGAAUCCGCUCUUCAUCAUUCGCGUCAACAAACUCCUCUAGAUCUGCCCAAUCGACAAACGAUCGCGUCAACUCAACUGCCAACCUUAAACUAUUACUUCCAGUUCAAACAACUUCAACGCCAGUGCACAUUGAAAAGCCACCUCUCCUAUUCUCCAUCAAAAUUCAGACAAAAGAAAUUCCCAGAAAAGACGAGAAGACGGAUAAGGAUGCGAAAACACCAAAAGCUUCGGGUGCUUCUGGAAAUUUGGAUCAAAGCCAGCAUCCUUCACACUCAACGCAUGUCAAAUCUACUCCAUGGCUUCAGUUAACAGCGGCAACGCCCACACAAACGGCGGUUCGACUGACAGUUGACAGUUUGGAGGGAGAAUUGACGAAUAAAUGGGUUGUUAAAGAGGAAGGAUCUAAGGAGAGAAUCUAUGGAAACGCUGUGAUACACUUUAAUGCAAAACUCGGUCAGCUCAUCAAGCCAGUGCCGACUGGCGAUUCAGUAGCAGCCACCGAUGUCACUGAUCUUCAGGAAUUUGCAACCUUCAUGACACAAGUUCGUGUGGAAAACAAGGAGCGUAACAUGUUCAACUCCUCAUAUUCCUACCACAUUUCCCUGAAUCGCCCGAUUUUUCUGGUGAAAGCCGCUGCAAUUGACAAGGCGAUUCUGCUAUGGCUUAACUACAAGAACACGUAUGACUAUUGGAGGAAUGAGCGGGAGAAGGUAGUACAGGAGAAGACGACGACGAAGCUAUCGAAUGCCGGAAUGUUCUCGCCGACUCAAAUUGCAGAGGAUGCAGAUAUGAAUCUAUCACUGGCGAUUAAUAAUGGAAUGUACAUGUGCAUGCCACUGUACAGUCAUGAUGUUACUGAAGGAAUGCCCGCAUUGGUGCUUUCUUUGCAGAAGUCUAACCUAUCAGUGCUAGUGAAGAAGGAGCUGACUUGCAAGGCAUCGUUCAAUGGAUUCAAGUGCUCGUUUGUCGAUGAUUUUGAUGAGCAGGCUCUUACACAAAGUUUCUUGGAUGCGACACACAGUGAUCAAUCCAAUUGUAUCUUUUUCCCUGAAGGAACCUAUCAGUUGUGCUCCAAAGCAGAAGCCACGAAAGGACCUGCGAAAUGGGUGCUCAGUGUGUCUGCUGAAAUGCAAGGUGUUGAGAUUGACUUGGACACUCGGAUUGGUAAACUCGCAAAGCUUCUCGUCAACACGUUCUCCAUGAUUCGGACGGAUGAUGAUGAUGAUAUGUCGUUUUGGGGUGAUGAGGGAGAGUUGGAUUCGGAUGAGGAGAAAGUUGAAGGAGCUUCUGAGUUGAAAAAGUUGAAGGCUGAGGAGAAGGUUCCGUGGAUGGAGAAUAAGAUGCAUGAGCAUUCCCGAGCGGUUUUUGAGUUAGCUGCACGUGGAGUUUCGAAUAAGCUUAUCGAAGCGGAAAAGCAUAAGCUGAGGCAGUAUGAGUUGAUACGGUUUAAGGCGUUCCGAAGGAAUGUUGUGGAAAAGCUCAAGAAGGGGACGACUGCGUCUAGACAGCAUACAGAAACCCCACCGCCACAACCUCGUCCCGAUACAACUUCCCGUCGAAAUUCGAGAACUACAUCUACAUCACAGAAGAAUAGUGAAGAUCUAACUACACCUGGCGAUAUUGAGACAGUCAAUUUCAAUUUAGAUGUAAAAGUGAAUAUUACAUCUGGAACAUGUACUCUUAGAACUCAAAAAAAGGAAGGAGCGAAUCAAUUGGCUUUGCCUGGAAUUCUGAAACGUUUGAAUCUUGGCACAAAAGAUAUUAAAGCAAUGUUCGAACCACAAAUCAUUACGACAACGACUUUCAGUAUUCCAAGUGUUGAAAUUAAAGCUUAUCAUGUUUCUGAUCCAUCGAAUCGAUCUACAGAUGAAUUUUGUAAGGAUAAACGAGAGAAAAUAUCAAAAGGAUUGGCAAAAGAUGCGGAUAAACUACACAGAGAUUUGCAUAAUAAGUCGAGAUUCGGAAAUACUUAUAUCAACGGUGGCGGCGGGCCGAAGACGUCUACAGUACCCCCACCGCCUAAACGUGGAUGCUUCUACAUCUUUGUUGGGCUGGCUUCAAUGCCUUCGGAGACGGUUGUUACGCCACACUUGGCCACGUAUUUCGAGCAAGUUCUCGAGCCAUUGCCUCCGUCGGCCGUUUUUCAGAGUCAGAAUAAUACGAGAGAAGCUUCGGUGCCAGAUGAUGGGAAGGGAGAUGCCAACAACGAAGUUCACAAUAUCAUGGCAAUGGACACAGCCGCCUUCCCAAUCGAUUUUGUAUUUUAUCUGGAUGUUCAAAGUUCAACAAUUCGAUUCGACGGAAAACAACCAACAUCUAGAAGUCAAACACAAGCGGAUUGUCUUCUCACACUGCCACGGCUCACGUUGGAACUCACUUCGAAACGAACCAGAGAUAACAUUGACAAUUAUGUUGGAGGAAUUCAUAUUUCCGGUCAAUUCAAGGGAUUUAUGCUCAAAAUUUAUAAUCCGUUGGAGUUGGAGCCGGACUCGUCGCGAGCAUUACAGCUUUCACUGGAUUUGUUGUCUUUUGUGAUUUCAAGAAAUAAGAAUUCGUCGACGGAACCCGAUAAUCGAGUUAGAUUCGUCUUCUCAUCUCAAAUCAGCAAAGCCUCAUUCGAAUACAACUUCCGACGACUCGGCGAGCUCAUUCAAUUCCCAAAACCAUGGUAUCGAGCGGCGAUCGCUCGUCGCGUAUUCUUCGGUGAUCAGGCUGCACCGCGGCAAAAAGACGACGCCAGUGACAUUACUGGAACGACAAGAAGCCGUUUACCAACUGAUCCGAAGAGUCUGCAACCACCGGCGGCAAGCACAGCGAGCACUGGAUCUGGAAGCUUUGUACCUCAUCAACGGAAACCUUGGACAGCAUUGGUGCUCGCGGCGAUUCAAUGGAAUGAAUUUGAAGUGACUGCUUUUAUGUCAAAUACAAUGGGAAAAACCACGUGGAAAGCUACAAAAGGAUUAGUAUGGGGAGAUGCAAAGUUGAAUUCAUUGAAUGAACGAGAUGUUAGUAUAUCAUUUGUAUUAGGAUCAAGUGAACUUUGUGCUCGAGACGGAGCAAUUAGUGGAACAAUUAUGUUGAAUAACUUGAAAGUAUCAGCAGAUCAUUCUCUAUCUGCUGAUGUGAAGAGAGUUCCGGUGAAUAAGGCGAAGAUUCGAUUGGAAUGGAUUACGGCAAAUAUUGAAUGGAUGAGUAGACGUGUGCUCAUUGCGAAAUGGUGUGGACCGAGUUUUAAAGUUAAUGAUUAUUAUAAAGGAUUGAAAGAGGGUGAUCAUUUUGCACUUUCCGAACUUGGGAUGAACGUUCAAGCUUCGUGGAAAGAUCUUCAGGUUGUGAUCACUAAAUCGACGGUGGAUGAUGUGGCGGCAAUUGUUAAUCGACUUAUUUCGUUUAUUGAUGAGCAACUAAAAAAUUCUCGGAUCCUUCUCGGCAACCUCAGCGCCUCCACAAAUCUCAAAAAACAAGCGCAGGCACUGAUCGAAUCACGGAAACCUACAACUCAUUUCUGGGAGAAAGUACUGGAUUAUAUGUCAGAAAUGCAAAUGAACGAGCAAUUAAUGGGUCUAAUGGAACGAGAAGGUGCAAAAGUUGGUGGACACAUAGAAUUGAAAGCCGGCGGAAUUUCGUUGGUUAUGAUGAAAGGAGAUAUGAAUGCAGACACAUGGGCAGUCUUUCAUUUACGAGAUGCUUGUAUUCUUUUUGAUCCAGAAGCUCGAAUGGAUUUCCUUGAUAAUUCAUCUCAGCAGAAAAUUGGAAUUCUUCUGAAACAAACAUUCUGUCUACAACUUGGAUCCAGACAUGGAAAUCAGACUGAGAAUCGAGCAAAUGUGUGUAGAGUACAGACACGAUUCAAUAAUUCUCGACAUUUGCAAAAAGCAGAGGAUAUUUUGGAGUUUUUCAUUGGUGACGUCAUGAAGAUUAUUGGAUCUGCAGAUCAUAGUGAGAAGAAGAAGUUGAAAGAAGUGGAAGUUAUUCAAUCGCCGAUUUCUGAGAAUGAGAAUACGGCGAAAUCGCCGACUUCUACGUUUAGUAGAUUUAGGUCGCCUGGCACUUCUAAGACAAAAGAAUCGGGUCCUGCCACGAAUCACAAUGUGAUGGAACUCUUCCAAUUUCCGGGUCUCGAAGCGAAAAUGUCGUCACAACAACUGAACGGAGUCGAUGAUGGCGACAAGUAUGAAUCAGUAUUCCAAAUGCCAAUGGACGUGCUCACGACAUUUGUGUGUGAUUUCUUCAGUGAAGUGGCGAUUGAGACGAAUUUCAACGCACAAGUCUCAUUCUUGCCGGAACUUUUGAAAAGCUAUCUGAAAGAAUCACACAGUGGCACAUCAUCAUCUCAUUCGACAAAUUCGUCUCCGGCAGUGUCUUCAAGUAAAGAAUCAGUUGUAUCGGAAACUAGCAAAGAUCCUCGAAUCUUCACGUGCCAAGAAUGGAAAGUAGAGCCGAGAGUUCGAUUUAUUGAUCGAAUUAAAUGGACGCCUCCGGUUCUUGAUGAUAUUCUCAAAAAACUUCAGAUAUUCGAUCAUCGAAAUACGAUUCCAAAAGUUAUUCAGCGAGCAGUGCUCGAUCCACUUGACGCCACACUUGCCGCUUCAGUGAUUGCCACUUUGCAAAUUGUGGAUAACAAGAAAACGAUUCAGAAAUUCAAAAAGAGUCGAACGGACUCGAUGGCACCGACACCAAAACGACGAGACAGCCGUCGUUCGAGCGAAGAAGUUUCCGUUUCAAUCGAUAUUCCCGAUAUUAUUACAGAUAUUUCCGACGCCUCGUUUAGACCGAAACACAAUUAAUUGAUUUUUUUUUUCUCAUGUAUUUUCUAAUUUUCUAGUCAACAAUUAUUGGCCAGCAGCUUCUUAAUAUUUUCUAUUGCCUGAUUUACGGUUUUUUUUAAUUAUUUAUUUUUUUCCUCCAAUUUCUGCUUCCACAAAUAUUUAAAUGUACCAAAUAAUUUCCAAUGAGCUUCUGUGAUUUGUCUAUUUUUAUUUAUUUUUUUCUGUGAAUAAUAAUUCAUUUGUACUAGUAUUUAUUAGUUUCAUUUGAUAAGUUUCCUAACAAUUUUUGGAUUAUUUA